GUACCUCAGCGCGGGGGAAGAGCGGGAUCGUUCCUGAUCCCAUCUAAAGGUGUUGGCCGGACGUCGGGACAGCAAAACGGAUAUGUCGGGUAUCCUACUAAAGGAACGGGUUCUGGAGCAGUUGCUGGGAUGAACAAAGGAGCUGGAAUGAAUGGUGGAAAUCAAGCUGCUUUAUCUACUAGACCUGGAGCCAUGACUAACGGUCCAUAUGGAUAUGGACCCCAAGCCGGCCCAGCAAUUGGACAACAGCUGAAAGGUUACGCAAAUCAGGCUGCUUCUUAUGGAGGACAAGGAACUAAAGGAUAUGGGGUCAAAGCCGGACCAGCAAAUCUACAAAAUGCGAAAGGUAACGGUGCUGCAGCUGCUUCACAAAAUGGAUUUGGAACCCAAGGCAAUGGAUUUGGGGUUAUUUCUGGACCAACCACCGGAAUCAAAGGUUACGGUGCUCAUGCUGGGGCGCAUGGUGGUCAAAGAGAUAAAGGCAAUGGCUACAGGGCUCAAGUCGGCAGAUAUGGAGGACAAGGCACUAAAGGCAACGGUCAAGGACUUGUAGCCGGAGCAUCCAGAGGCAACGGAGCACGGCCAGAUGGUCAGCGUGGACAUGGAGAGAAUCUGGUGAAGGGAUAUGGCCGACCCCAUUAUAUGCCAGCCAGAGGAACAGGACAUUUCAGAGGUCCCCAACCUGGCAUGAACCAAGCGAAGGCGUAUGGCGGUAAUGGUUAUAAUGGCUACAGAACCCCAGCGACUAAAGGCUUCAAUGGCGGUUAUGGAGGCGCUGCUUUGGGUUCUGGACCUCGGUAUGGAAAUGGAGCGAAGGGACCAAUGAAAGGUUACGGCGCUUCAGCUGGUGCAUCCAAUGGCCGUGCUGGAGUCAGAUCACCAAAUGGUUAUGGAAAUCCAAGGACUGGAGCUGUUAAGGCAGCUAAAACAGAACUGCUGUAA